UUCUUCCCACCUCUUCUGCCUCUCUACUCCUCUUCUGCCUCUCUUCUCCUCUUCUGCCUCUCAUCUCUCCUCUUCUGCCUCUCAUCUCUCCUCAUCUGCCUCUCUUCCCUUCUCAUCUGCCUUUCUUCCCUUUUCUUCUGCCUCUCUUCCCUCCUCUUUUGCCUCCCUUCCCUCUUUUGCCUCUCUUCCCUUCUCAUCUGCCUCUCUUCCCUUCUCAUCUGCCUCUCUUCCCUUCUCAUCUGCCUCUCUUCCCUCCUCAUCUGCCUUUCUUCCCUCCUCAUCUGCCUUUCUUCCCUCCUCAUCUGCCUUUCUUCCCUCCUCUUUUGCCUCUCUUCUCUCCUCUUUUGCCUCUCUUCCCUCCUCUUUUGCCUCUCUUCCCUCCUCUUUUGCCUCUCUUCCCUCCUCAUCUGCCUUUCUUCCCUCCUCUUUUACCUCUCUUCUCUCCUCUUUUGCCUCUCUUCCCUCUUUUGCCUCUCUUCCCUCCUCAUCUGCCUUUCUUCACUCCUCUUUUACCUCUCUUCUCUCCUCUUUUGCCUCUCUUCCCUCUUUUGCCUCUCUUCCCUCCUCAUCUGCCUUUCUUCCCUCCUCUUUUGCCUAUUUUCCCACCUCUUUUGCCUCUCUUCCUUCCUCAUCUGCCUCUCUUCCUUCCUCAUCUGCCUCUCUUUCCUCCUCUUCUGCCUUUCCCUUCCCUUCCCUUUUUGGUGA